GUACUUUUCGCGGGCUUUGGCUGACACGUGACGUUUUUCGCGCGAAAAGCGACUCCCGGCAGGAAGAGGAGUUUAGUCGUGAAGAGGCUGAAGAAGACGGACGAACAGUAAUGGCGGAUUCCUCUGAGUCGCUCCACAUGGCCACGAGCCCCAGCCGAGCCUCCAGGAGAGGAGACAUGACGUCCAGCCCCGGGCGAGACCUGCCGCCCUUUGAGGACGAGUCUGAGGGACUGCUGGACGAGGGGACGCUGCCCGAAGAGGAGGAAGGGGACGGGGACGGGGAGGAGCUGAUCGGGGACGGGAUGGAGAGGGAUUACCGUCCGAUCCCGGCUCUGGAUCAGUAUGAGGCCGAGGGUUUGGACCUUGACGACGAGGAUCUGUCGGAGCUGUCGCCCGGAGCUCGAGCCGCCGCCGAGGAGGAGAUGAGACGGAGGGACAGGGAGCAGGGAGUCAGCGGGAGACUGAGGAGAGGACUGCUCUACGACAGUGAAGAUGAGGAUGACGAGCGUCCGGCAGCUCGACGAAGACGACUGGCUGAGCGAGCGGCAGAGGGCGUCGACGGCGAGGAAGAGGAGAUGAUCGAGAGCAUCGAGAACCUGGAGGACAUGAAGGGCCACACGGUGAGGGAGUGGGUGUCUAUGACGGCUCCCAGACUGGAGAUCUACAACCGCUUCAAAAACUUCCUGCGGACGCACGUGGACGAGAACGGCCACAACGUCUUCAAGGAGAAGAUCAGCGACAUGUGCAAAGAGAACAAGGAGAGUCUGGUGGUGAACUAUGAAGACCUCGCAGCCAGGGAACACGUUUUAGCAUAUUUCCUUCCAGAAGCUCCCACUGAGAUGUUAAAGAUUUUUGAUGAAGCUGCCAAAGAAGUGGUUCUGGCCAUGUACCCGAAAUACGACCGCAUCGCCCACGAGAUCCACGUCCGCAUCUGCAACCUGCCGCUGGUCGAGGAGAUCCGCUCACUCAGGCAGCUGCACCUGAACCAGCUGAUCCGCACCAGCGGCGUGGUGAGCAGCUGCACCGGCGUCCUCCCUCAGCUUGGCAUGGUCAAGUACAACUGUAACAAGUGCAACUUUGUGCUCGGGCCGUUCUUCCAGUCCCAGAACCAGGAGGUGAAGCCGGGCUCGUGUCCCGAGUGUCAGUCGUUUGGACCCUUCGAGAUCAACAUGGAGGAGACAGUUUACCAGAACUACCAGAGAAUCACCGUCCAGGAGAGUCCUGGGAAGGUCGCGGCCGGACGCCUGCCACGCUCCAAAGACGCCAUCCUGCUGGCCGACCUGGUGGACAGCUGCAAGCCCGGGGACGAGAUCGAGUUGACGGGAAUUUACCACAACAACUAUGACGGCUCGCUCAACAUGGCCAACGGCUUCCCGGUGUUCGCCACGGUCAUCCUGGCCAAUCACGUCACCCGCUGCGACGACGGCGUCGCCGUGGCCGAGCUGACGGACGAGGACGUGAAGGCCAUCGUGUCUCUGUCCAAGGACGAGCGCAUCGGAGAGAGAAUUUUUGCGAGUAUGGCGCCGUCGAUCUACGGCCACGAGGACAUCAAGAGAGGCCUCGCCCUGUGUCUGUUCGGAGGGGAGCCCAAAAAUCCAGGAGGGAAACAUAAGGUGCGUGGAGACAUUAACGUUCUCCUGUGUGGAGACCCGGGAACGGCCAAGUCCCAGUUCCUCAAGUAUGUGGAGAAGGUGGCGAGUCGAGCCGUGUUCACCACGGGUCAGGGGGCGUCCGCUGUGGGUCUGACCGCCUACGUCCAGAGACAUCCCGUCAGCCGCGAGUGGACGCUGGAGGCCGGAGCGCUGGUGCUCGCCGACCGUGGCGUCUGUCUGAUUGACGAGUUCGAUAAGAUGAACGACGCCGACCGCACAAGCAUCCACGAGGCCAUGGAGCAGCAGAGCAUCUCCAUCUCCAAAGCCGGCAUCGUCACCUCACUGCAGGCCCGGUGCACGGUCAUUGCUGCCUCUAAUCCCAUCGGAGGCAGGUACGACCCCUCCCUGACCUUUGCUGACAAUGUGGACCUGACGGAGCCCAUCGUGUCGCGUUUCGACGUGUUGUGCGUCGUGCGAGACACCGUCGACCCUGUGCAGGACGAGAUGUUGGCGCGCUUUGUGGUCGGUUCCCACAUCAAACAUCACCCCAGCCACAAGGAAGGGGGCGUGGCCUUGGAGGAGGUGGUUCUGCCCAAUUCAUCUGACGUGCCGCCAAUUCCCCAGGAACUCCUGAGGAAGUACAUCAUCUACGCCAAGGAGCGGAUUCAUCCAAAACUGAACCAGAUGGACCAGGACAAGGUCGCUCGCAUCUACAGUGACCUCCGUAAAGAGUCCAUGGCAACGGGCAGCAUUCCCAUCACAGUCCGCCACAUCGAGUCCAUGAUCCGCAUGGCCGAGGCCCACGCCAAGAUCCACCUGAGGGACUACGUGCUGGAGGACGACGUCAACAUGGCCAUCAGAGUCAUGCUGGAGAGUUUCAUCGACACGCAGAAGUUCAGCGUCAUGAGGAGCAUGAGGAAGACGUUCUCUCGGUACUUGGCCUUCCGCAGAGACAACAACGAGCUGCUGCUCUUCAUCCUCAAACAGCUGGUGGCCGAACAGGUCGCGUACCAGAGGAACCGCUACGGCGUCCAGAGCGACACCGUCGAGGUGCCGGAGAAAGAGCUGCAGGACAAGGCGAGACAGAUCAGCAUCCACAACCUGUCGACUUUUUACAACAGCGACAUCUUCAGCUCCAACAAGUUCAGCUUUGACGUCAAGAAGAAGCUGAUCCUGCAGAACUUCUGACUUUCUGACCCCUCCCCCUGGUCUUCACAUCACACUGAGAAUGAAAAGAAAAGCUGAUGUGAUGAAGACGAUGUUCACAGUUUCUAUGAUGUGAUGAAGACCAUGUUCAGUUUCUCUGAUGUUCUGCUUCAUCAGCACAAAAAGAAAAAAGUCAAAUAAAAUGAGUAAAUAUGAAAAAUCAGAGAUUUGUUUGACCUCUGACCUUCACUGUAAAUAAAUGUAAAUGUUGUAGAAACAGGGUUUUUCUUCCUGUUUGUGGGAGUUUGUCUUUAUCUCAGUUUAAAAAAAAUAAAAAACAAACCUGUUACUCAUGUUUCUACUGUUGAUGUUUGAUUGUUUUGUUUUUGAUAAUAAAUUACAAAAAAUA